UGUGUCAGAUGGUAUAAAUAAGACCCUUUUCAAUUUCUGUUCAUUCUAUUACCUUCCCCCUACAAAGAAACAUUCAUACUCAUCUAUUACCCAGCAAUGGCCAAGUUUGCAGUAUUUGGGAGCAGCUAUGUUACUCGUCUUGAGAGAUAUUGUCAUGGUGAUCUUAAGGUUCCUGGCACCGUCAGAUUCUUCGGGAAGGGUGGCAUGCGUUCUGAUUCGAUUCCAAGACAAUUACUUAGAGACCUGAUAGAGUACAACCCUGAUGUUGUACUCAUCCAACUAGGAGGAAAUGACAUGAUUGACAUCUCAGCGACAUCAUCCCCCAACGACAUUUUCCAGAGACUUCUGACACUGCAGGUGGACCUACAUCAUGCUGGAAUUCAGGAGGUGUACUUUACAGAGAUUGUGCGACGUGGUAACUUUGACAAGUCCCCAGGCCUGACAGCGACCUCUUUUGAGAAACAACGGAAGAAGAUAAAUCGACUACUGCUGACUAGACUGAGAUACAUCAAGAUUAGAGUUAACUUUCCAGAGGACUAUGACCGUGACCAAGUGCAUUUCAACGACUCAGGACUCAGGACCCAGUUCCAUGCUUUGAGACAACCAUUUUUUGCAUAAUUGAUUGAAAUUGGUAAACACCUUUUAUUAUGUCAUGUUACGCUUUGUAAUUUAUAAUAUGUUUCAAGCAUUUAAUCUUAAAAAUGAUUGAUUUAUUGAUAAUGGGUAAUAGAGACAAUGUUAUAAAACAUAUACUUUAAGUGUGUCACUAUUCGCUAGAUUUGAAAAUUUAUGACAUUGUAAAAUAAAUAAAAAGGUUGUAUUAAAUUUAUGUAAUUCAUUUUGAAAUAGAAGCUGUUUUGAUAUAUAUUAUGUAUAUUGUUAUAAUGUAUGUCAUAUGUUUCAAUAUUUAAUCUGUUGAAAAUGAAAAUACACAUGCAUCAUAAUUCUAUGUGUACAAUAAUGAUUUCUUUAAAUAUAUCAUUUGUAGAUUUGAUAGUAACAUGAAUUUGAAAAAUUAAUAUUUUUAUUUUACUACAAAAAAUAAAUAAGUUUUCAGUAUUUAAUUGCAACUGGUCAUUUCUAAUAAUAUAUGAUUAUAUCACAAUUUAUAUUUGUUUAUGUUAUUUGUAUUACUA